AUGAAGUCCUACCAGACAGGAGGAUUCCGCUCCACGGCUGGAAUGGUUGAUGGCCUACAGACCGUUGACGGCAUUGGGCUUGCACGUCCAUUCUGUCAGGAGCCAUUCCUUUGCCACGAGAUACUAAGUGGCAAGAUCUCUGGCGCUAUAAUUCCGGGUAUGUACCAGCUCAACUAUCAGCUCACUGUUGCAGCAGCAUGCAUUCAAAUGAGACAGAUUGGUAACAAGGUGCAACCGGUGGAUCUGAGUUCCCAGAACGCGGUGGAUGCAGUCACUGCAGCAGUUGAGGAUUGA